AUGGCACCGAGGCCAUCGGACCCACCUCCGCCACCAACAUUUGACGCUCGCCUCUUUGAGCCGCCAACAUGGGCGACUGAUGGCUUCCAUGCUUCACGUGCGAGACAGACUGGGGAAGCAUCGUCAUCUCGUGAACCAGUGCAGGCAGACGCGCACGACCACGACCAUGACCACGCUCACGCCCACGACCACGACCACGACAAUGCUGAAGAAGCCCCCGAGGAGCUGCCUACUGCCUUUGAUCUCGGUGUCGAGGUUGAUGACAGUGACACUUUGCAGUUUACUACGACAGAAUUGAAGAACCUCCUCGCUCGGGCUGCGGCACUCAAGGACGAAGGAAACAAGCGCUUCGUAGCCAGACCUCAACAACUAGACGAUGCUCGUGACUCGUAUCUCGCAGCUCUCGAUAAUCUCCCUUCCAUGGCAUUGGUCCCGAAGUAUAAGCCCAGAGCUCCUAAAGUCAGUGGUAUUCAAGAAGUCACCGACGAAGAAGCAGAGGCAAUCGAGUCGGAACGUCUUCAUCCAGAAGAUCAAGAGCGCCGAUCGGUGGAGGACGACAUCCGCGACUGUAUGAAGGCGGUGUGGGGCAACCUUGGCGCCGUUUACCUUGCCAAAAAAGAGUACAAAGCUGUUGUUGACGCUUGUACCAAAGCACUUGAGAUUGACCUCCAUUAUACCAAGGCACUUCAUCGCCGAGCAUCGGCCAAUGAAGAGAUUGGUUCAUGGUCAUCACUCACGUCGGCCCAAGAAGGUGAGCUUUACAAGACAAAAGCAGAGCCUCAUACACCAACAGAUUAUACCAUGUUGCUAUCCCUGAUAUCCAAGUCCUCGCCCCAAUUGCCCGCCAUUCGUCGCACUCUCAGCACUCUUCCUCGACGAAUUUCAGCGCAGCAAGAAAAGGAAAAGGACGAAAUGAUGGACAAGCUAAAGGAGCUUGGCAACGGCAUCCUUGGCAAGUUUGGUCUGAGCACCGAUAUGUUCAAAUUCGACGAACAGGCUGGCGGUGGUUAUAACCUCCGCUUCCAAAAGUAG